AGCCAAACUCCAGUAAGACUCACAUCCUCUGCAUGUGACGUUCAUCUUGAGCCAAGCCCGAGCUCCACAUCCUCCCUAUUGCUCCCUCAGCCCGAGUGCUCACAUCCUCUGUCUGCAUGCGAAGGGAGGCUGGCCUCAGUGCGACUCUCCGCUGUUCAGAAGGUUGACAGAUCACCGUUGCUGUUUUUUUCUCAGCCAUCUCCUGCGAUGGUGGUUUGAUAGCAUCUCCGCUUGGGUUGAAGAUUUGGAGACUUGAGUCUUGGGAAUUAUUAUUUUCCUUGUCGAGGACGCAUAUCGGCAACACAGAAGCCAAGACGAGGCGCAAUGAUGGAACUCAGGAUCCAGCUCAUCCCAACAGGGGAAAUCAUUCUCUCCCCUGGGAAAAAUGGGGAAAACUUCUGCCACAACUGCAAGGUGGUGGGUACUGACGGGGUGCGGGCUAUGAUGGAGUCGGCCCUGACAGCAAGAGACAGAGUGGGUGUGCAGGACUUUGUCCUGCUGGAGAACUACACGAGCGAGGCCGCUUUCAUUGAGAACCUUCGCAAACGCUUCAAAGAGAAUCUCAUCUAUACUUACAUUGGCUCGGUGCUUGUGUCGGUUAACCCAUAUAAAGACCUGGAGAUUUACACUAAGAACCACAUGGAACGAUACCGUGGGGUCAACUUCUAUGAGGUCUCACCACACAUCUAUGCAGUGGCCGAUAACUCGUACCGUUCUAUGAGGACAGAGCGGAAAGACCAGUGCAUUUUAAUCUCUGGCGAGAGUGGCGCUGGGAAGACGGAAGCAUCGAAGAAGAUCCUGCAGUACUACGCGGUGACCUGUCCAGCCAGCGAGCAGGUGCAGACCAUCAAAGACCGCCUCCUGCAGUCCAACCCGGUGCUCGAGGCCUUUGGCAACGCCAAGACAUUGCGAAACGACAAUUCCAGUCGCUUUGGCAAGUACAUGGAUAUCCAGUUUGACUUCAAGGGUGCCCCGGUGGGAGGUCACAUCAUUAAUUACCUGCUGGAGAAGUCACGUGUGGUUCACCAGAACCAUGGCGAGAGGAACUUUCACAUUUUCUAUCAGCUGAUCGAGGGCGGUGAGGAAGACCUGCUUCGACGCCUUGGCUUAGAGAGGAAUCCUCAGCAGUACCAGUAUCUGGUCAAAGGUAACUGUCCCAAAGUGAGCUCCAUCAAUGACCGCAGUGAUUGGAAGAUGGUGAGGAAGGCGUUGACCGUGAUUGGCUUUAACGGGGACGAGGUUGAGGAGUUGUUGAACAUAAUCGCCAGCGUGCUUCACUUGGGGAAUGUUCAGUAUGGUGGUGAGGACGGCAUUGCCUGCAUCACUUCUGACACACAGAUCAAGUACUUGGCAAGGUUGUUAGGAGUCAACGGGGCCGUGCUGACGGAGGCACUAACACACAAAAAGAUUAUCGCUAAGGGAGAGGAGCUGAUCAGCCCUCUCAACCUCGAACAGGCAUCCUCAGCUCGAGAUGCUUUGUCAAAGGCAGUGUAUGGACGCACUUUCACCUGGCUUGUCAAUAAAAUCAACACUUCACUGGCAUACACGGAUGACUCUUAUAAACACUACUCUGUCAUCGGGCUACUGGACAUCUACGGCUUUGAAGUCUUCCAGCACAACAGCUUCGAGCAGUUCUGCAUCAACUACUGUAAUGAAAAGUUACAGCAGCUCUUCAUUGAGCUUACCCUCAAGUCAGAGCAGGAGGAGUAUGAAGCCGAGGGCAUCACGUGGGAACCGGUGCAGUACUUUAACAACAAGAUCAUAUGUGACCUCGUGGAGGAGAAAUUCAAAGGCAUCAUAUCCAUUCUGGAUGAAGAGUGUCUGAGACCAGGAGAUGCCAGCGACUUAACCUUCCUAGAGAAGCUGGAGAACACCGUGGGAGGUCAUCCACAUUUUGUCACUCAUAAGCUUGCUGAUGGAAAGACGCGGAAGAUAAUGGGUCGUGACGAAUUCCGACUGCUACAUUAUGCCGGCGAAGUCAACUACAAUGUUAAUGGUUUUCUGGACAAGAACAAUGACCUGCUCUUUAGGAACUUAAAAGAGGUUAUGUGCAUGUCUGAGAACAAGAUCCUGAACCAGUGUUUCGACAGGGACGAGCUGAGUGACAAGAAACGUCCAGACACGGCAGCAACCCAGUUCAAGGCCAGUCUGGCAAAACUCAUGGAGAUCCUCAUGUCCAAGGAACCGUCAUAUGUUCGCUGCAUCAAGCCCAAUGACUCCAAGCAAGCAAGUCGCUUUGACGAUGUUUUGAUCCGUCACCAGGUCAAGUAUCUGGGACUGAUGGAGAAUCUGAGGGUGAGGCGAGCCGGCUUUGCUUACAGACGGCGCUACGAGGUCUUCCUGCAGAGGUACAAGUCCCUGUGCCCAGAGACUUGGCCAAACUGGAAGGGCAAACUGUCUGAUGGAGUCGCAAUCUUGGUCAAGCACCUGGGAUACAAGCCUGAAGACUACAAGCUGGGCAGAUCAAAAAUUUUCAUCCGUUUCCCCAAGACCUUAUUUGCCACGGAGGAGGCCCUCGAGACCAGGAAGCAUAGUCUUGCCAUCAUGUUGCAGGCUGGAUGGAGGGGCUACAGCCAGAGGUCCAAGUACCAGAAACUUAGAACUUCAGCUAUUGCCAUUCAGGCGUGGUGGAGGGGGAUCUUAGCCAGGCGUAGGGCCAAACGCAGGCGGCAGGCUGCUGACACCAUCCGCAGGUUCAUAAAAGGCUUCAUUUACCGCCACAAGGAACGCUGUCCAGAAAAUGAGUAUUUCCUGGAUUACGUGCGCUACUCUUUCCUCAUGAAGUUGCGCAGGAACCUGCCAAAGAACGUUCUGGACAAAAGCUGGCCGAAGCCGCCAGCAGCUCUUACAGAGGCUUCUGAACAUUUGCGCAAACUCUGCAUGCAGAACAUGGUGUGGAUCUACUGCAAGAAGAUCAGCCCUGAAUGGAAACACCAGAUGGAGCAGAAGCUAAUCGCAAGUGAGAUAUUUAAGGACAAGAAAGACAACUACCCACAAAGUGUGCCCAAGCUUUUUGUCAGCACUCGAUUGGACGGUGAGAACAUAAACCCCAAGGUCCUGCAGAGUCUCGGAAACGAAAAGUUGAAGUAUGCGGUGCCAGUCACUAAAUACGACAGGAAGGGCUACAAGGCCCGUCCACGCCAGCUGCUUCUUACGGCAAACUGUGCCAUUAUUGUGGAAGAUGCCAAAAUCAAGCAACGCAUUGACUACGAUGCUCUCAAAGGUAUCUCUGUCAGCUCCCUCAGUGAUGGCCUGUUUGUUCUGCACGUGCCCAGUGAUGACAACAAACAGAAGGGAGAUGUUGUUCUACAAAGUGACCACGUGAUUGAGACCUUGACCAAGAUCGCCAUAUGUGCUGACAAAGUAAACAGCAUCAACAUCAACCAGGGCAGUAUAAAAUUUACUGUGGGCCAAGGAAAAGAAGGGUUCAUUGACUUCACACCUGGAUCAGAGCUAUUGGUGGCGAAGGCUAAGAAUGGGCACCUAUCUGUGACGGCUCCGAGACUGAACUCCAGAUGAUGAUCCAGAUUCUUUGUUGUUCCCUGACUCACUCACACACACACACACACACACACACACACAUAUACGAUGCACUCUUCCAUCCUCCAAUCAUUUGACCUCAAGCCCAGCUCUGCUUUAGCCAAUCAGGUGCCAGCUUGUCACGAUGUUAUGGUGGCGUUCGCCUCCAAUUUCAAGAGAAAUGAUCCAGCGAUACUAAUUGAUAUAUUUAUGUUUAUAUGUUCUAUUUUGGGGAUUAAUAGAGUUGGAAUAUUGUAAUUUUAUAAGUAAGGCCAAGGAAUAACUGAUAUUUUGGUGUGUUUUUCUAGGAACAUGUGUGCUUAUUUGUGAUUUAUUUGGGAACUUGACCGAGGAAACAAUGACAGAAGAAGAUGGUCAUUGCGGAGAAAUCAGGAUGUUAUCCUUUUAUGUAUUUUCCUGCUCUUUUUCUUGCUUUUAUUUCUCUCGUCGGUGUUUUUUGAAAUUGAUUCAAGAGUCUGAUUGCAUGUGGACAAAUGGUUGAAGGGAUGACGAUCGACUCCAAUAAGAGACAUGUUAAAGCUUUAAGUGAUGGGCAUACUGCUGAACUCGUCAUGUGUGCUCCGACACAAAGGGAGACGAUGAUGAGGGACAAAUUGCAUUCACGGUAAGCACGUGAACAACUUGAACUCGGUAAGUGUGAGUGAGCUGAGGAGGGGGCAGUGGGCUGGUGGCGGGAAUCGUCAGACACCUUUUAGUCGCCUUGUGCUCUGCCUUUCCCGUGAACAAAUACGUCAGCAUUGCUCUCCAUGGUGGAUGGCACCUCCGCCACCUUUCCAGAAGCCAUCUCUUGCAUCACUUCUUUUGCUUCCUCUCUUCUUUGUACAACCUGACUGGUCUUUGUAGCUGGUGUCAGACAUGCAGCUAAUCCGGCGUUUUAUACCCCCGUGUCUCUCAAAGAGACAAAACCUUACAAUUUCACACCACUCAUUGAAAAAUGGGGUCGGAUUAGAUGUUAGAUGGCUAAUUCGAAGCUAAAAUGGACAUAAAGGCGGUAUGAUUUUAAGACACUUGAGUUUGGCUUAUUUAACAUUAACUUUGUGGUGUUUUGGUCCCGUUUCAUUGUCUUGGAAAGGAUUAUAACUCCAUUUGACGCUGCCAGGUGACUGUUGCAUAAUCCUGCAAUUCCCUAACCCGAGUGGUCCAACCAGCAUGUCGCCUGCAUGUAACUUUACUGUUAAGUCCAACCUUUGUGGUGCCAAAGCCAAAUUUUGAGUUUAAGGGAUUUUUUUAUUUUUUUUUACUUGAUGAGGUGCAUUAACGAUAAUAAAAAUUAGGCAUGGGUCGAUAUUAGAUUCUGCGCCGCAGGAUAACUGUGAGCAAAAACAGCGCCGUAUCACUGUAUUAAAAUUGCAGGUCUAAAAUGCACGAUUUUAAAAAGUUUGGGUAAAAAAAUAUAUAUUUUUUUCUGUAGUACACAAUCCAUUUUUAAAACAAAAUAUAGACUAUUUCAGGGAUGAGAAUGUUUUAGCCUUUUCCAUUGUGCAUCCAUGAGAGGUGAGUGGUGUUGCCAUUUAACGUGCUUAUUGGUUAGGUUUAAGUCCUCCUGCUGCUACCAAUGGAUGUGUGCUAACGUUAGCAUUAGCUGCCGCAUAAUGUCAUCCGUGCCUUUUACCUCAUUUAAUGUGCCUUAUAUCUGAUUGGUGUUAGCAGCAUCCAAGUUUUGGAUCCCUCCCCCACCCCCAGUCAACGAGUAAGUUAUUCUGACUUUUUUUCUCAGCUGUCAUUCUCAUCCCUGAUAUUUGUUGGACAUUAAGAAACACGUACCAUGUUAAGUUAUAAUAAAUGAAAGAAGAAAGAAAUAUUAACUUUCUUAAUCUGUUUUAGUUCUUCUUAGUAAGUCACAGUGUCCCAUCACUGGUAAGCUGUUUUUAGAACAGACCUCUAGGCUACUCAUGUUGUCCUUGGGGGCUUAUUAGAACCCGUUGGCACCAUGUGUUGAUUUUUUUCAUGACAAUGCAUAUUAAUCGCAAGAGCAAAAAGGCAUCCGUGUCUGUAUGCUGGAGUUGGCACAGUUGCUCUCUAUGGUGUGCUCUGCUCACCCCUCCCCUCUGUGCUCAGCUGAGAAGGAGGGGGAGAAAAAGCGUCUGGCCUCACGUAAUUAACUUUGACCAUGUGGCUUGCUUAGUGAACUCUGCAAGCAGCUGAUCAUAUUGCAGCGAGAUAUUGCCUGCUUUGGAGUUGCCUCAAAGAAAAGAAAAGCUCAUAACUGGUGACAGGCAGUUUUAAUGGUUGUUGAAACCUUGACUUUUAAACCGCUAAUCAGCCCAUGCCAAGUAAAAAUUUUCAACACAAAAUUCUGUGUCAAUAAAUAUUCAUUCUCUUCUUUAAGUCGGGAAAGUCGAAUGCUUUAGAUUUUGCUAAAAAUCAUCAAGAUUCUAUCGAAGGUUAAUAAAAAAUAAUGUUUCCUCAAAAAUCAUCAGGUGUAUGAAUAGUAUGACAAAGACAAAUAUAAUUCAUUAUCUCUAAUAAAACUUGAUUGACUUCCAUGCAGGCCGUUUGGGUUCAGAUGCCUCUCAACUUGUCAGUCUUUGUUGACACUUGCAAUAUUUCUAGCCAGAAAGACACAUCCAUUAACGAAACAUCACUUCCAAUGUAUACUGGGUAUAAAUCAUAUUGACUCUUAACUGUAAACAGGCCCUGACUUUGAUGAAAUAUGUCAUGGUUUGUCUUUUGUAAAAAAAAAAAAAACAACAAAACAAUGAAUGAAACGGGGAUUUCAAACAAAAUGACAUUUUAUAAAUUGAUUGUUCUUUUCUUUACGUUCUUUCUAAGAUAUUGUACUUUUUACUUAAUUUCACCCAAUGUCACCGUAAUUUUAAAAUAGUCUGUCAAAUUUGGGAAAGGGGUGAGGUCCCAUACUGGGGCCUGUAAAGUAGCAUUUAAAUCAUAUUCAGACUCAUAUUCAGUAAAUGUUCUUAUAUACACGCAGCAGCUCCUAUAAUCGAGCAGUUUUGAAAAUUGACGUGUAAUUGAAAGCCAGCCAAAACCUGAUUGCCUAUGAAAAGGUUUGGACCUAAUGCUCAGUUUGAGAAAGUCCUCAAAAUGUUUCCCAAGGGUUAUUAUUUUUGCAGACUUCACUCCAAGACGGGUGCAAUAUGCCAAGACUGCUGCUUCACUUAAAAGCCAAAGAACCAUUAGAUUUCUGAUCAUUAUCAGUUGUAUAAUUUUUGAAUAGUUUUUGUUUGUUUUGAUCUGAUUUUAUUUGAUUUCCGGAGGGAGACACUUGUACAGUUUGUGUUCUGCUAUAAAUGGGAUGUCCAAGGCAAGUUUGAGGAUGUAAAACAUUUUGGGAGACAAAACAUGUACAAUAGUUGAAUGUGCCUUGUUGCUUAGCAAUAUUAAGAGACUCGUGAGAUCAUACGACCUUGUCUGUUAAGUCUAACAGAGCAAUAUUUGAUUGUUGUUUCACUGCUUGACAAAAAAAAAGGCUUGUGUAACAGCUUUAUUGAUACCAAAUCCUAAUGUUUUUUUAAGAUACACCUUUUUGUCAGCUGUAUUACUGUAUGAUCCAAACUAAUGUAUAAUUAUGACAGCAUACUAUGAAACAUACGAUACUAAAGAUGCGUUGAAUAAAUUUGACAUGUGCAGAAAAAUA